GUGUCAGAUGUGUACACCACACGCCUGGAAUUUCAACCCAACGGCAAACAAAACCAGACGAACAACUCAACAUUUCUCUUUUUCACUAGUAAUUGAACAUUACUACCUUGGCAGGGGACUUUGUAUAUAGUGUAGAGAGAAGAAACGGAGUGGGAAAUUGAUUUGCAGAAAGAUAAUGGGGUUAGGGAUAUUAGCUUCGAGGGUAUUGAGGCCCGCAACGACUCUCCUCAAUUCUCAAAACCCUAGGCUUUUCCUCCGGACAAUCGUCACCAAACCGGAGCUUCAAUCCCCUGAAUCCGCCGCCGCGGCGGCCAAUCCAGACACUGCCCCCGAUCUUCCUCCCCGUACUCCCGUUGGUGGGGCCCGAGUCCAUUUACCCAACCCGGAAGAUGCCAUCGAGGUGUUCGUGGACGGGUACCCGGUCAAGAUCCCCAAGGGAUUCACCGUCCUGCAGGCGUGCGAGGUCGCCGGCGUGGACAUUCCGAGGUUCUGUUACCAUAGCCGACUCUCUAUCGCCGGAAACUGCCGUAUGUGCCUGGUCGAGGUCGAGAAGUCCCCCAAGCCCGUCGCUUCAUGCGCCAUGCCUGCGCUUCCCGGAAUGAAAAUUAAGACCGAUACACCAGUCGCAAAGAAGGCAAGGGAAGGAGUCAUGGAAUUUUUGCUUAUGAAUCAUCCAUUGGAUUGUCCAAUCUGUGAUCAAGGUGGAGAAUGUGAUCUUCAGGAUCAGUCUAUGGCAUUUGGAUCUGAUCGUGGUCGUUUCACUGAUGUGAAAAGAUCGGUGGUUGACAAGAACCUUGGCCCUUUGGUUAAGACUGUGAUGACUCGAUGUAUUCAGUGUACAAGGUGUGUGAGGUUUGCAACAGAGGUAGCUGGGGUUCAGGAUCUUGGCAUGUUAGGUCGUGGUAGUGGAGAAGAAAUUGGGACUUAUGUUGAAAAGCUUAUGACUAGUGAACUUUCUGGAAAUGUCAUAGAUAUUUGUCCUGUCGGAGCCCUUACCUCAAAACCCUUUGCAUUUAAAGCUCGAAAUUGGGAGUUGAAAGGAACAGAGAGCAUUGAUGUUACUGAUGCUGUUGGAUCUAACAUUAGGAUUGAUAGCAGAGGUCCAGAGGUCAUGCGCAUUGUUCCACGGUUAAAUGAGGAUAUAAAUGAAGAGUGGAUAUCAGACAAGACUCGAUUCUGUUAUGAUGGUUUAAAGAGGCAGAGGCUAAAUGACCCUAUGAUUCGCGAUGCUGAUGGCCGAUUUAAGGCUGUGAGCUGGCAUGAUGCCCUAUCUAUUGUUGCCGAAAUUGUCCAUCAAGUUAAACCAGAGGAAAUAGUUGGGAUUGCCGGUAAGCUAUCUGAUGCUGAAUCUAUGAUGGCACUGAAAGAUUUGUUGAACAGGAUGGGUUCAAACAAUGUGUGGUGCGAAGGAAAUGGCAUGACCCCUAAUGCUGAUCUUAGAUACAGAUAUCUAAUGAACAGUAGUAUCAGCGGUCUUGAGAAAGCAGAUGUUUUCCUUUUAGUUGGCACCCAGCCAAGAGUUGAAGCUGCAAUGGUGAAUGCCAGAAUCCAGAAGACUGUUCGAGCAUCAAAUGCUAAAGUUGGCUACAUUGGUCCUGCAACAGAUUUCAACUAUGACUGCGAGCAUCUGGGCACAGGUCCCCAAACACUUACUGACAUUGCUGAGGAUCGUCACCCAUUUUCUUCAGCUAUCAAAAAUGCUAAGAACCCAGCCAUUAUUGUGGGUGCUGGACUAUUCGACAGAGAUGACAAAAAUGCAGUUUUCUCUGCUGUGGAAGCCAUUGCAAAAUCUGGAAAUGUUGUCCGAUCUGACUGGAACGGGCUAAACUUUUUACUCCUGAAUGCUGCCCAAGCUGCAGCUCUCGACCUUGGACUCAUCCCUGAGUCAGAUAAAUGUAUAGAGUCUGCAAAGUUUGUCUAUUUGAUGGGUGCUGAUGAUUUGAACGUGGAGAAGGUUCCAAAAGAUGCCUUUGUGGUUUAUCAAGGGCACCAUGGUGACCAUGGUGUUUAUCGAGCCAAUGUUAUUCUCCCCUCUGCUGCAUUCAGCGAAAAGGAAGGGACUUAUGAGAAUACUGAAGGGUGUACCCAACAAACAUUACCAGCUGUUCCAACUGUUGGUGAUGCUAGGGAUGACUGGAAGAUAAUCCGGGCACUCUCUGAGGUGGCAGGAGUUAGGUUGCCUUAUGACACCCUCGGAGCCAUCAGAUCACGUAUUCGGACUGUGGCACCCAACCUCUUGCAUAUGGACGAACGGGAACCUGCUACAUUUGGGCCUUCUUUGCAGCCUGAGUGCGCUGAGAAGAUGAGUUCAACACCAUUCAAGUCAACCAUUGAGAACUUCUAUAUGACUGAUUCAAUCACCAGGGCGUCCAAGAUAAUGGCUCAAUGCAGCGCAAUGCUAUUGAAGAAGUGAAAAAGCAGAUUUUGAUAAUUUUUUUAUUCAAUAAAUCGCAUAUUCACUUUUUUUGUUUUUCUUCUAAAGCUCUGUGACAUCUUAACUUAAGCUGUGGAUUGCCGGGUUCGGCUGAGCUUUCCAGAACAUUGGAAACAUUUCCAAUAAAGUAAUCUAGGUUCUUCUUGCUGUAAAAUGCUUUCGCAAUGUAGAAGCAUUGCAUGUAAACUCUGUACUAGUUGCAACGUUCCAGAGUAUUAUGGAUUUUUGGACUGUUCUUUGGAGUAAA